CCGCCUAGGGGCACUGCAAUACACUAUGUGGCCACAGUAGUUGACCAGCAGGAAAACGUAGUGGAGGUGACGAGAGUUUGGUAAACAUUUAUCGUACAUAUUUCCACUUUUAUAUGCGUUUAAAUUUGAGAGUUUUUCAUAUUGGCUACCGAGAAUGACGCGAAAAUGUUUCGUCCGCGGAUGCUCGAGUGGCUACGCAUCUGAAAACAGGGAGAGCACUUCUAGAGGAAAAAGGAGAAGAACUUUGUUUAGUACACCACGGUGCGAAGAACUGCGGAACAAGUGGAAUGCCGCCUUGGCUCGGGACGACCGAACGUUAUCUGUAAAUGACUCGGUCUGCGAACUUCACUUCCAUGAUAGCGAUGUUGAAAAGUGUUACCAAACUAAGAUGCCUGACGGAACUAUCCACAGGAUAGAACGCGGUAGAUACAAAUUGAAACUUGGCGCUAUACCGUCUGCUUCUGUAAUCAAACGUUCAGAGGAUAUGGAGAAUAGAGCUACAAGUGUGGAGAAGCACAUUUUAAACGGGAAAAAUGAUACAAAUUUGUCGCUAAUAGAAAUAACGAAAGUUGAAACUGAGCAUACUUGCUUGACUAGUUUUAAUGAAAAUAUUACGGAAGACGAUUGGAUGAAUCAACAAGUACAAUCUGGUGACGAAAACAUAGUUGAGGAAUUUAGCAAGGCCCACAAAAGCCUCAUAACAAGGACUAAGGAAGAGUUACCUCAAGAAACGUUGGAGAGUAGUACUGAAAUAUGCCAAGAAGAUUCGAGUUUACUGUACAGCACGGAAAGACUGAAAUUUGACUUGGAUAAAUUUCGCCUACCUAAGGGGUGGGCAUAUAUAUUUAUUGGCGAAGGAGUUCACUUAUCUCACUUAUCGCUAACCGGCCAACCAAAUUUGAAUCUCCUGAUUGAUGGGAACAUGGAAAUGAAAAUUUCGACAGGCGAUAACAAAGCGACUUUGCAAUAUCCAGAGGAGUUAAAAUCCUUUCAAGAUUUUCUAUCCAACUUAAAAACGCUGGAGAUACUCGCUAACUCGCCGUGUCAAGGAACUGGAUUUGACAAUUCGAGAGCGGAGCUAUGUACCGGAUUUUGUACCAAAAAGUUGUUGUCAAGGCGAUAUUGUUUUAAAAGGUGUUCCGCUUGUCGACUUCUGAGAAACCAGAAACUUAGUCAGGAAAGGUCGAAGCGCUUGAAUAAUAAUAAACAAGAGAAGAGGGCUAACUUAUUGAAAUCUUUCAGACGUAAAAACGCACGUUUGCAGGCAAAGGUGGUCAAAUUGAAGAAAAUUAUUGAGAUGGCUAUGAAAAGAAUCGCACUCCUCAAUACCACGAUUAUAAAGAGAAAAAUUGGCGGAUUGAACGCUUCGCAAGAAAUUGCACGAACAUGUUUAAUUGAGAAAAAAUUUUUAAAAAAUUGUAAUGUAAGUUGUAAGUAACUCAGGGAUUAGUUACAAACGAAAUACUUUUGUUACAUAUAAAUGUACCUUUUGGCUUACCAUCAGAACAUAACGCAAAGUCAUUAAGAUGUGACUAUUUCGAAUUGAUUAAAAAAAAUAUAAUUUUCGGAAAAACAAUAAUCGCUCAGAGUGAAAAAUAUUUGUAACGAAUAGAAAUAGAAAAUAAGCCGUACCGCAAGGUGCGAUUGUAAAACGGCAAUCUGUUUAUUUUUAUAUAUCAAUGCCAUAAAAAAAACAAAUACACUUUUAGUGUCAACAUGCCAAGCUAA